AUGGCAGGGAGCGGCGUUGCGAGGAUACAUGUUGAGGUUUCGGGUUGGUUCGGUGCGCUGAUCCCCCCGCGGUGUCCGCACCGACUCUUAGCGCUGGCGGCUUCCGAGCACACGGCGCGGCUCCUGUACGGCUUGCAGGGGUUUGUGGCUGCGUCGCCCAGUUGUCUGCAGCGCGCUCGUGCCGCGAACCAAGUACUUAGCACGUUCAGAGCAUUUGCUGCCUGGGCGGUGGCGUUGCCGCGGAAGAAUGGCACCGUGGAUUUUGGUGGCCACGCCGCGAUGGGUGCGGCUGGCGUGGUUUUGAUUUGGCUGAACCAGGCGAGUGAAGAGCUGAUGGCCUUGGACUGGCAGAGGGAACUCCUGUGCCAAGGGCCUGCGCUGUCAGAACACAGAGUUGGAAGUGCUUUCUUGGGCAUUGCGCGAUUGCAGACCUGGCCGUGGUUGGUGGAUGCUGCAGCCUUGGCUUCUGCUCGACAGCUGCCGGCAGUGGUGCCUGAGCGGGUGUUGUUUGCGCGCAGCCCUGCAGAGGUCUUGAUACACAUCCUGGAGCAGCUGCGCCAGCCGGCCUUCAUGGUGGAGAUUGGGGUUGAUCGAGGUCAGACGUCCCAGCUGCUGCUGGAAGCUUUGCCCAACUUAACGUUACUGGGCGUGGACCCCUACCCUGGCAGAUACAACGGGCAACCGAGCACCGAGCGGCUGGACCAGAUGGGCGGCGAGGAAGCCUUCAGCAUUGCCCUUGGGCGCUACGCUCAGUACGCGGACCGAGCACAGAUCUGGCGCCAGUCCAGUGCUGCGGCCGCGCGCCGGCUGGGGUCAGCCCCGGAUUUGGUCUUCGUGGAUGGGGAGCAUGACUUCGAGUCUUGCUCGCUUGAUCUGCGGCUGUGGAUGCCCAAGCUGCGGCCAGGUGGGGUGUUGGCAGGCCACGACUUCGCGGCCAAUGAACCUGGCGUGGUGCGGGCAGUGGCACAGUUGGUUCAAGAGCAGCCAGUGCAGCCGGACAAGGAUCGAAGGGCUUUGCACCUGGGACCUCACGGAGUGUGGUGGUUCGUCUAG